UUUGCCCUAACUUGUACAUAAAUAUUUAACAAUUUAUAAUGAAUGCGGCGGGGGGCGGUGUAGGCCCAAGCUGUUCAGCAACGUCAAUUGCAGGCGGGAAUAACCCUGUAACGCUGGGAUCCACAAUCAAUCUUAACAAUUCACUUCUGGUGGGGGCGGGGGCGGCUUCAACAAUGCCCAUAGCGCAGCUUUCGGAUGGGUGGCUUGAAUUGGAGUCCGAUCCUGGAUUAUUCACCCUGUUGUUAGAGGAUUUUGGCUGUCAUGAUGUUCAGGUGGAAGAGGUCUACGAUUUGCAAAAACCCAUCGAAAGUCCGUACGGUUUUAUCUUCCUUUUUCGCUGGAUCGAAGAGCGACGUGCUAGACGAAAAAUUGUGGAAACUACUGCUGAAAUCUUUGUCAAAGAUGAGGAGGCAAUAUCCAGUAUAUUCUUUGCCCAGCAGGUUGUGCCCAACAGUUGCGCUACUCAUGCCCUACUCUCUGUUCUACUUAAUUGCAAUGAAAAUAAUCUGCAGUUGGGCGAUAUAUUGAGUCGUCUUAAGGUCCACACCAAGGGCAUGAGUCCAGAAAACAAAGGACUUGCCAUCGGCAAUACCCCAGAGCUGGCCUGUGCCCAUAAUUCGCAUGCUAUGCCGCAGGCAAGGCGUCGUCUGGAGCGUACUGGAGCUAGUGUUUCCAGUUGUCGUUUCACCGGUGAAGCGUUUCACUUUGUCAGCUUUGUGCCCAUCGAUGGACAGCUUUUUGAACUCGAUGGUCUCAAGCCCUAUCCAAUGAACCAUGGUGGAUGGGAAGAUCACGAAGACUGGACGGAUAAAUUUCGUCGUGUGAUGGCCGAGAGAUUGGGCAUAGCUACUGGAGAGCAGGAUAUUCGCUUCAAUUUAAUGGCUGUUGUCCCCGACAGGCGCAUAGCAAUCACCCACAAAUUGAAGAUGCUGCGCACCAAUCAGUCCAUUGUUUCGGGAACCCUGCAAAAGCUGCUAAAAGCCGACGAGCAGGGUGAAUCCGGUUCUGGAGAUUCUCAACGGCCGGAUACACCAACAACGCUACUUGAACCGAGCGCUUUUACGGCUCGGGACCUGCAAUCACUUCUCAAAAAUCUGGAUACCGAAAUUGCCAUCAAUGAGCAGCAUUUAGCCGAUGAGAACGAUCGUCGGCACAUGUUCAAGGUCGAUGCCAGCCGUCGUACUCACAAUUAUGAUAAAUUUAUUUGCACUUUUCUCUCGAUGCUGGCCCAUCAGGGUGUGCUCGGCGAAUUAGUAAGCCAGCAUUUGCUGCCCUCAAAGAAGAUUAGUGGCCAGAGUGCGGCCAAUCGUUUAAGCAAACAGAGCACGGCAGCGGCAGCCAACAGCGGAGCUGCUGGAGCAGCUAAUAACUCUGCUCCCAAGACACAGCAACAGCAAACAGCCGGGAAAAAUGGAAAAUCUCCAAGCAAAACUGCUGGUAGAAGACGUAAGGGACGAAAUAAGUGUAGGAAACGAAAGUGAAGAGACUUUUAAUAUUUAUACAGAACUGUUUGAAAAUAAUUAAGAUUAUUUUUUAGACUCCACUUUAUCUUCAUUGCAUUGCAAUGCAUUACUGCUGGCCCAUAGAAAUGAAAACUAUGUUAAUUCAAUUUUUCUUGAACUAAAUGUUGACUUAUCACGACAUCUGUCUGUUCUUGCUUUGUUUAUGUGCUUUCUUUAUCGUAUUUAAAGCUUUUUCACCUUUUACUUUUUUUAUUUUCUUAUAUUUGAGCAGCUUUUUUAGCAUAGAUAAAUUGGAGUGAGCAAUUUUUACGAUUCUCUAUUUAAUAUAGCGGUUAAAAUAAAUAUAUUCGAUAAAACUAUAA